AUGGACUCCAUCCCGGCGGCCCAGCGCCCCUUCUUUUACAUUUACGGGCACAUCGUGCCAAAAACAGAAAAGUGGACGUUAACUCGGAACGGUUUCGACCCGGUCAAGAGACAUGAGCUGCACGCCCGUCAUGCUCUGAAAGAGAAGCUGGUUCUGGACGUCCAGGAGGUCAUGUCGCAGAAUGACCCGAGAUACGAAUAUACUGGCCUAGGGCCCAGGGAGUUCCGGAUGCUGCAGAUCCACUCGGCGCCGUCUCGUACGGAUCCAAUCAGCUGCUCCCUUCUGACCUGGUCCAUCGAUGAUCUGCCAGCUCCCUUUGAAGCACUUUCAUACACCUGGGGCGAUGCAAAGGAACGUCACUGGAUUACAAUCGAUGAGAAAGCGAUUGACGUCACCCCGAACCUCAUCAGUGCUCUGCAGCAAUUUCGCCGGCCCGACCAGGAUCGUUUGCUAUGGGUGGAUGCUUUGUGCAUCAACCAGCAGGACCUUCCGGAGCGGGGUUCGCAAGUUCUUUUCAUGGACCUAGUCUAUAAAAGGGCUGCGAGAGUGGUCGUGUGGCUCGGCGUUGCUUACAGCCAAAGCCACCUCGCAUUUGAGCUGAUGACCAAGAUCACUGGCGUCAUGGAAGCCGAUCGCAAGGCACAUAGCGACAGAAACAGUGGUGGUGAGAUGUACCGCAAGUACACCAUGCAGCAAGAUGUCGUAGAACGCGGCCUCCCCGAGCAGGAUGAUCCGGCAUGGUUGGCGCUCGACGCCCUUUUCUGGCGCCAGUGGUUUCUUCGCAUCUGGGUCGUCCAAGAAGUCGCCGUCCCAAAAGUUGCCUUGGUCGUUUGUGGCUCGGACACCAUCGAUUUCGAUGCCUUCUGCGACCUGUGUGACUACUUACACAACACUGCCCUAGGAUCCAUGACGGGUCUUAGUGCAGACCGCGUAUUGGCACUUCGGACCGCCCGCAGCCAAUACCAGACCAAUAACCAUGCCAGUCUGGUGACGCAACUUAUCAGCUCGCGUACUUGCUUGGCCACAAAUGCCGCCGACAAAGUGUUUGCUAUGCUAAACAUAUCCAAGGAUGUCCCUUCCGAUCCAGCUCUUCGUCCAGACUACCACAAGAGCCCGAGCACUGUCUUUUCUGAUACGGCUCGGGUUCUUUUGGCGGAAAGUCUUGAUAUUCUGAAUUUCAACUCUGACAGCGUGUGGCGGGUUCAUUCUGAUAUGCCGUCGUGGGCACCGGACUGGUCGGCCCCUGGCUCCACGCUGGCACGGUCGGGCACGGUCGCAGGAGACUCUUCUGCACCGAACAUUCGAUUCUCGGAAGACAACAAAGUCCUGCAUCUGCAAGGUCGCAUCCUGGACAAAAUCACCACUGUCGGCGAAUCCUACUUCAUGUUUAGUAACGCACGACAUGGCAAGGUAAGCAACGACUGGUAUUCGAAGAAAGUCGACAAAGACGAGAUUCUAUAUCGGUUCUCGCGCCACCGCCGGUGGACCAUGUGGGAGCACAUGGCUCUCAAGCUGAAAUCGUACCCGGUCACAGGUGAAGACAUCCAGACUGCGUUUCAGAAAACGCUUAUAGCCAAUGCAAACUUACCUCCGCGAGUGGUGGGCGGGACGCUGAAACCGGCGAAUCUUGAAGAAUUGUACACUGCCUUCCGUCGACUGCAAUCCGUCGAACCGCAUCUCGGCCGGGAUACAAUGACGGAGGACGAUAUUCGGAUCCAGAAAGACAACCAUGACCUGUAUGGGCAAAAAGUGCGUGCAGCGGCCUACGGCAGGAAGAUCUUCGUAACGAAGAAGGGUUACCUCGGCUUGGCGCCGGUUUCUGCCGCGACAGGAUAUUUUGUGGCCAUCCUGCACGGCGGACGAACGGCUUACGUGUUGAAGAAGAAAAGGAACGGCAACUAUUCGUUCGUCGGAGAAGCGUACUUGCAUGGCUUCAUGCACGGCCAGGCUCUGGACGACGAGAAAUAUCCGGUCGAGGAGCUGGCCAUUGAGUAG